CGUCGUUUGGCGCAUUCGGUGACGUUGUUCGGCCUACGUGAUGGCCGACGUCAGCGACCCGGCCAUUCAAGCAGCCUACGAAGACGUGCGGAGUGAUGCCAAACCAACAAACUGGCUUCUGUUGGACUAUGGCGAGAAAGGCGACAAGCUCAGCGUGACUGCGACUGGCGAAGGUGGCCUAGACGAGCUCAAGAGCAAGCUAGAUGAUAGCAGGGCUUCCUACGGCUAUGCCCGCAUAGAAUAUGCCGUUGACGUGGAAAGCAAACGCGUCAGGAUGGUGUACAUCAUCUGGAUAGGCAAGGACGUCAAGGUCAUGCGUCGCGGAAAGACUUCUGUGCAAUCUGCAGACGUGAAAAAAGUCUUGCACAGUUUCAGCUUAGAAAUCCCAGCAAGCACGAGAGAAGAACUAGACGAAAAGGCAGUGGUCGAGCGACUGAAGAAGUACACGGGCGCCAAUUACGGCGCCGGCAGAUAGAUGCAUUUCUAGAGAGGCGCUGGCUUGCCAGGCGUAGCAGACUUGCUGCGUGUCAGCUUUUGCUUGAGCAAGUCCUCCUUGAGUCGCAAUUCUCGCUCUGCGGGGGUCGUCUCGGGCGACAUGCUCGGCCGCUGCUUGAUCCAAUCGUAAGCGAGGAGCGCAGAGGAUGAGGACGACUUACAACGAUAGGCUCGACAGCUUUCGCGCUACCUUUGAUCGAGAUCUGCUUUGGCCUGGUCUCGGAAGCAUUAUUGAGCAAAGGUUCACGAGUACUGCUGUUCUCCGCUCUAGGGGGACUUGCCGAAUGGACUGAUCCACUCCUCGCGCGGGAGGAUCGAG